UUUUUAUUUCACUAAAGCCCAUAACAUUGCAAUUAAAAAAACAUUUUAAGUAUAAUACAGGUAGUAUUCGUGAACAUAACUAGCUUACAUAUUGGUCUAGAUGGUUUGAUGGUUUUAAAUUAUCAAUGAAUUAUUAUCAAUAGAUAACCACUAAUAAGUACGUACCAAAGAACCAAACAACAGGAAUAACCACACCAUUUACGCAAAAUAAAUAGAAAACACCAACCUAUUUAGUGAAAACGAAUCAUGUCUGCCUUCUUCUGGUACGACUAUCUAAUUUUCUUCAUAGUACUAGCUAUCAGUUCCUGCACCGGAAUUUAUUAUGGCUGCUUCGGAACCAAGCAAAAAACAAUCAAAGAGUACCUUUUGGGAGGCAAAAACAUGGCUACUUGGCCGAUCGGAAUUUCGGUAGCUGUAAGCCACUUUUCUGCAAUUACCAUAAUGGGGGCACCGUCCGAUAUUUACAAAUUUGGGGCAUAUUACACCUACAGUACGAUCGGUAUGGCACUGCUGGGACUGAUUUCAAUUUUUGUCUUUUUCCCCGUUUUUUUCAAACUGCAAGUUACCACCAUUUAUGAAUAUUUGGAAAAACGCUUCGAUCACAAAACCAAAGUUUUCGCGUCAUUUUUGUUUAUUGUGGGGGAGGUUGUUAUCGUUUCGGUUAGCAUUUAUGCACCGUCUUUGGCACUUUCAGCAGUUACUGGGAUUCAUGUUUAUUACAUAAUUAUUUGUGUGUUUGGCAUUUGUAUUUUCUAUACUACAAUCGGAGGCCUAAAAACCGUCGUUUGGACUGAUAUUUUCCAAAGUGGAGUUAUUCUCUUAUCUAUGUUUAUAAUUUGUGUAAUCGGUCUAAAUACCACUGGAAAUUUUUCAACGCUGUGGAAAACAGCACUCGACGGUGGAAGACUCGAUAUCUUGAAUUUUGAUGUAGAUCCAACACUUCGUGAUAGUUUUUGGACAUUUGUGAUUGGUUUUACGUUUCAUUGUACAUAUUAUGUAAGUCUUUCACAAUCUGGAGUUCAAAAGUACUUGGCACUAGCGACUUUUCGUGACUGUAUUUGGGCAGUGGUAUUUUAUGUGAUAACAAUGGAAAUAGUGGAACUAUUUUGCGUUUUUCUGGGUUUGCUGGCGUACGGACAUUAUGCAAAUUGUGAUCCUUUCACUACUGGAAAAAUACAACGCCAUGAGCAGUUACUGCCUUAUUACGUUACGGAAAUUGCUGGACAUAUUCCAGGAGUUACCGGAUUUACUUUAGUUGGAUUGUUCUGUGCAACAAUGAGUACGAUAUCUUCAAGUCUGAACGCCAUCUCUGGUGUCGUUUACAAAGAUUGCCUUUCGCGAUUUUUGAAAAAGGAUAUUACAGAAAAAGCGUCUGGCAGAAUUUUGAGAGUGAUCGUUGUAAUUACUGGUAUCCUGAGCAUGCUUUUAAUAUUUGUUUUGCAACACUUGGGUGAUAUUCUUCCUGUCGCAGUCAGUGGUGCUUCCAUAGGCUCCGGACCAAUAUUAGGAGUAUUUUUUCUAGGUUUUCUUUUCCCACAAGCUAACGCCAAGGGUGCCUUUUACGGAGCUAUUGUUUCAUUUGUAUUCCAAACCUUCGUACUCAUUGUCUCAAAAAUGUAUCGGUACAAAAAAAUCAUUGUGGAUGUUACUUUACCAUUUUCUGUAAGCGGAUGUUGGACCAAUGGUUCUCUGGCGAGUAACAGUACACUUUCUAAUGGUUUCAGUUCGCCCAACAACGUUACAAUAAAUUCGGAGUUCAAACCAUUUUUUAUAUUCAGGUUAUCACAUUAUUACAACUGCAUGUUAGGGCUUAUUGUUACGGUAAUCGUGGGAUUAAUUAUCAGUUAUUUAACAAACAAAAAUGAUCCCCCAGUUGAUAAAGAAUUAAUUAGUCCUGUAGUUCGUCGUUUUGUGAAGAAAGACAACAAACCUGAAAUUGAUAGUCGAGAGCUGAAAGCUCUAAUGACUAAAGAAUACAAUACACAAGGACUUGAAAAAUGAAAUUUUUAUUGAUUCUCUGAAUAUCACAUUAUAAUAAUUUAUUAUGAACAAUUAACAAAUACAUAUGCACACACAAUAAUUUUUGAUAAU